UGAGAUCACUUUCGGUUUUCUUUUCUGGAAACCCAACGCGGCAAGGCCAGGGCAGCAAGAUUUCCCAAAAGGCGUCUCCUGGCAGGGUCCAGGAUCUCCUUAAAGCAUCUCUGGCCGCUUUAAUGAACCUAAGAGACAGGAGACAGCCCAGCAUCCAGCCUGCCUCUUUCCCCAGGAUGUUCACUAUGACAAAGGCCAUUGAGGACGUUCUUCUCCAGCACUUCAUUCAGACGAAGCUGGACAUUGCCUAUGCCAUCAACAAGCCUUUCCCUUUCUUCGAAGCCCUCCGAGACCACUGCUUCAUCACUGAAAAAAUAUACAAGGAUUCUUUGGAUGCUUGUCGGAAUCUGGUCCCUGUAUCCAGAGUGGUGCACAAUGUUCUCACCAAUCUGGAGCGGACUUUCCACCCAUCACUGCUGCUGACAUUGUUCAGCCAAGUCAACCUGCGUGAAUACCCCAGCCUGGGGGAAGUUUUCAGGAGCUUCAAAAAUGUUGUUACUGCAUAUGAAAGGAAUAAGAGAAGUGCGCAGACCCUACCCAAAGCCCCAGCUGUCCUAGCAGAAGGGUGCUCUUUCCAGACUCUGUUGCCACUGCCGCCGCCACAACCAUCUCCACCAAGCCAUCCGUCCUCUGCUCCAAGAGUCGGUGAGCCCCGAGCAGCCUCACAGCAAAUCACUGAGAUCCUCGAUGAGCAGCCCCAUCCUUCUCCUCCAGCUGUGCCUCCUGCUGGCUUCGUGCAGGAAAGAAAGACCACUCCAGCUGCCUAUAACAACUUAACCGCUACAACUCAUGAGAGAGCAGACUCAGGAAGGACGUCUAGCACUUCCUCUGGCACUGGACAAGCAUCCUCCAUGAACCCCCAGAGAAAUGAUAAAGAUGACUCUCCAGAGAUGCCCCACAGUCGGCCAGGCCCCAUUCCAGUGAUCAAAGACAACUUAACAUCCAAGGUUAAGGAAGAAGACGACUCAGGAGGGCAGCUUCCUGGUUCCCCUGGUGCUAUGCAAGCGGCAAAAAAUGAUUCUCCAGCUCCGAAUGACCUGGAAAUGGCUCAGGAAGCACCCAGCGCUCCUGCAAAGCAGAAAAAGUAGUCUCCAGUUCUGAAUGACCUGGAAAUGGCCCAGGAAGCACCCAGCGCUCCUGCAAAGCAGAAAAAGGAUUCUCCAGUUCUGAAUGACCUGGAAAUGGCCCAGGAAGCACCCAGCGCUCCUGCAAAGCAGAAAAAGGAUUCUCCAGUUCUGAAUGACCUGGAAAUGGCCCAGGAAGCAACCAGCACUCCUGUAAAGCAGGAAGGGGAUUCUCCAGCACCAGAUGACCUGGGAAUGGUCCAGGAAGCAACCAGCACUUCUGCAAAGAAGAAAGCAAAAAAAAGAAAAAGAGACAUCUGGUCAACACCCAAAAGAAGACGUCAGAAGAAAAGACCCACACAAGGGGUGGCCUCACCUGGACAAGGAGUCCAGAAGAAGCUCAAAGUGGUGGAUCAGAAGACUCAGAGGAAGAAUGACUCAACCAGGAACUUGAGGAUGGUGACCAGGACUCAGAAGGCAAGGACUGGACGUUCAGAUAUCCAGAGCACAGGAUAAGGCUGCGGUGGGACCUCCCAUUGGAAAGGCUCAGUAUGGCAGGGUCCUUUAGAGAUGACAUAGGGGUGGGGAAGAUUCAUGAAUUCAAUAUUAAGAGAGAGAAAGGAUGAGGAUGGAGGUGAGAGGGGGCAAAGAGAGGCAAUGGUCUACUGUGACUGAGGAGUUUUUGUUAAAGAAACAUAACCACAGGUCAUAAGAUCAUAGCCACAGGUCAUCACAGCUGAGACCUAAGGCAGAGAAAGGGUGUCCAUCCUUUAGAUUUUACAACCUUAAAGAUAACUAAGAACUUCCAAAGGUCCAUGUGUAUGUUGUUUAUGUCUACCUAUUUGUACAUUGUUCAUAGCUAAAACUAAUAAUUAAAAAAUUUUACUUAAAAUGAAAUAAGUUGUUUGGUCAUAUAACUGUAUAAAAGGUAUUUCUGAGCCAGGUAGCUGUGGCACUUACCUUUAAUCCUCGCACUCAGGGAAGAAGAGGCAGAGGAAUCUCUGAGUUCGAGGCCAGCCUGGUCUAUAGAACUAUUUCCAUGACAGAAACCCUUUCUGGAAAAACAAAAAGCAAAAAACAACACCUACAAAGUAUUUCUGAACAAAAAAAAAUUAGAAGAUUGGUAUCAAUCUAUGUUCCUAUAGGCCUCGGUAAUGUUGGGCUACUUGAGAGACAGGUAGAGUCUUAGAGCUGUUCAUGAAUUCACACAGUUAUGAUUGGCUGUGACUGAGGACAGGAGAAAAAUCUAGCAUCACAGAGCCAUGAAGUUGAAAGAGUGGGAUUUUCUAAUAGCGGUUGCACAAGUUUGCAUUCCCCCUAGCAAUAGAUGGGUGUUCCCCUUACUUGACAUCCUCUCCAGCAUAGGCUAUCAUUGGUAUUUUUGAUUUUAGCCAUUCUGAACGGUUUAAGAUGGUAUAUUAAAUCUGUUUUGAUUUGCAUUUCCCUGAUAGCUAAGGAAGUUGAACAUGUCCUUUAAUAACUUUUGGCCAUUUGAAAUUCUUCUGUUGGGAAUUCUCUGUUCAGUUCAGUACCCCAUUUUUAAAUUGGGUUAUUUGGAAUUUUAAUGUCUAGUAUCUUGAGUUCCUUAUAUAUUUUGGAGAUCAGACCUUUGUUUGAUGUGGGGUUGGUGAAGAUCUUCUCCCAUUCAGUAGGUUGCCUUUUUGUCUUAAUGACUGUGUCCUUUGCUUUAUAGUUUCAGGAGGUCCCAUUUAUUCAUUGUUGCUCUGAUUGUCUGUGUUACUGGGGUUAUAUGUAGGAAGUGGUCUCCUGUGCCCAUGUAUUGCAAGCUACUUCCCACUUUCUCUUAUGUCAGGUUCAGUAUGGUCAGAUUUAUAUUGAGGGCUUUCAUCCAUUUGGACUUGAGUUUUGUGCAUUUCCAUCUCUGCUUCUUUAUCCUUUGUGUAUAAAAGAACUACUGAUUUCUUUGAGUUGAUCUUGUAUCCUGACAUAUCACUGAAGGUAUUUAUCAGCUGUAGGAGUUCUGUGGUAGAGUUUUUUGGGUCGCUUAUGUACACUAUCUUAUCAGCUACAAACAAUGAAAGUUUGACUUCUUCCUUUUCAAUUUGAAUCCCCUUGGUCUCCAUAUUUUGUCUUAUUGCUAUUGCUAGAACGUCAAGCACUAUGUUGAAGAGAAAUGGAAAGAGUGGACAGCCUUUUCUUGUUCCUGAUUUUAGUGGAAUGACUUUCCCGUUUCUCUCCAUUUAAUUUGAUGUUAGCUGUCAGCUUGCUGUAUAUUACUUAUUAUAUUUAGAUAUGAUACUUGUAUUCCAAAUCUCUCCAAGACCUUUAUCAUAAAGGGGUAUUGAAUUCUGCCAAAUGCUUUUUUAGCAUCUAAUGAAAUGAUCAUAUGUUUUUUUUUCUUUCAGUUUAUAUAUAUGAUGGAUUACAUUGAUAGAUUUUCGUAUGUUGAACCUGCCCUUCAUCUCUGGGAUGAAGCCUACUUGAUUAUAAUGGAUUUUUUUAAGUGUUCUUGGAUGCAGUUUGCCAGUAUUUUAUUGAGAAUUUUUGCAUUGAUGUUCAUGAGUGAGAUUUAUCUGUAAUUCUCUUUCUUGGUUGAGUCAUUGUGUAAUUUUGAUAGCAGGGUAACUGUAGCUUCAUUAAAAGAGUUUGGGCUGGAGAGAUGGCUCAGUGGUUAAGAACAUUGCCUGCUCUUCCAAAGGUCCUGAGUUCAAUUCCCGGCAACCACAUGGUGGCUCACAACCAUGUGUAAUGAGGUCUGGUGCCCUCUUCUGGCCUGCAGACAUACACACAGACAGACUAUUGUAUACAU